GUUAGUUCAUCACAUUACCUUGCAAACAGCAUAGCACAGUAUUCAAGAUGAAUACUUUCCUACUGGUCCUGUUUUUAGGAACUUCAGUUGCCUUGGCAAAAUCGCCUUUCGAGCAUUCAACUCUCGAUAAACUCUCAGAUGAAGAAAGAGAACGUUUGUUGCGAGAGUUAGCUGAUGAAGAAAACGAUCCGCAAUAUAAACCAACAGUUGGCUUUCCUUUCGAGUCGAUAUGUAAACUUUCAAGGGAGAUUUGCCUGAAAGUCUCUAAAGAUGAUGCUUGCAAAAGAGUGGCUUGUCUUGAGAAAUAUCUAACGUGCAAGUCAAAGCUACCGCUAACCCCAGGCGAGAAAAAGUGCCUCGAUAACGGUAAACCUUGCUUGGGCAAACCUGGUCUUGACUGCAAAAGGAAAUUGAUAUGCAUAGCCGCGGUUCAAAUAUGCUUGGGGGUAGCUCAUCUAGUGCCCAGUCUCCCUGUUUCUUGAAGAACCAGCUUCCGUCCCAUUUGUCCUUGACCGGUGAUCGACCCUCUUGGAAUGUUCAACUUGAAACUCGUCAUCUUCACGCCAAUUAUCCCGAAAUAAAUGGAAGUAUUUGAUUUUGAUAUAGAUGUCAUGGAUAGUCAAACAAUUUGGAAGAAUUAUGUCGAUUAAAACAUUUGUCUGAA